AUGCUGCAAGGAAAAGCCAAACGACCUAGUGGAGAGCUUGGAGACUCAGAAUUCACAAUGUCUAACGGAUGGCUCGACAGAUUCAAGAAAAGGUUUAACAUUAGAAGCAAAGUUAUAAGUGGUGAGGCAGGAGGCGUUAGGGAGGAAAUUGUAACAUCUUGGCAAGAGCGCUUACCAAAUAUCUUGAGCGGCUACUCCCCAGAGAACAUCUUCAACAAGGACGAAACAGGUCAAUUUUUUCGAGCACUUCCAAACAGAUCUCUAGCCGAGGUAUCAAAGCAGUGUACUGGAGGGAAAAAAUCCAAAGAAAGAGUAACGUGCACAUUUUCUGUGGGCGGUAGAGGAAAAUCGAUUGUUAUCGGCAAGUCAAAAAAUCCGCGUUGCUUCAGAACAAUCAGGGAUACGUCUCAACUACCCUGCUCAUACUUCAGACAGCCUAAAGCCUGGAUGGAUUUUAACAUCCUAGAUGACGUGCUAUUCAAGCUUAACCGGAAAUUAGCACGGAGCGAAGGAAUGUUAUUUUAUUUUUAG